AUGGAGAAGUUCUUAGAAACCUCUUUGCCCGGUUGGAAGCUGGGGCUUAAGACAACAACACGCGCGGAACCCCAGGCUGAAUGGGAUGGCAUGGACAACCUGCAAUGCCAUGACACUUGGGGACUGAAUGACGACUGGCGCACCUUGGAGCGGUUGGGAAGCGGUUGCACUCUUGGGGACGUCUUCCAGCAAGGAUGCGACAAUAGGAAAGCUCGUCGCAAACUUCGCGCGGUCAAAAGAUUCAACAAGGCUCACACAGAACACUUCCCCGAGUCGUCGUACGGGGAACUCAAGGCACUUGCCACGUUUUCCGUUCAGAAGAUACCUCGACAGAACCGGUCCAAAAUUCAUAGCAAGUAUGAGCAACGCUUUGUCCAGUUUCACUGUUGGUAUGAAGAUACCAACUAUCUUUAUUUCGCCAUGGAGUUUAUGGAGCUCGGCAAUCUCCAGCAGUUUAUCGAUAAGAGGGCGCCUUUCGACGAAGAGGAAGCAGCCAGAAUUAUUAAACAGGUUGCCGAAGCAUUGCAAUUCAUGCACACCAACGAUUUCAUCCACAGGGAUCUAAAGCCUACGAAUAUCCUCGUUGCGAAGGCCUGGCCAGCAUGGCAUGUGAAAGUUGCCGAUUUUGGAAUCGCCCCAGAUCUCCGCCGUGACACUUUACGUGCGGUUUACUGUACCUACGGGUACAUAGCCCCAGAGAUGCUCGACUCAGCGGCACUUCUCACGGCGGCAAUCGAUGUAUGGUCACUUGGGGCUGUGGCCUUUUGUCUACGGACCGGUCAUCCUCCAUUUUCCCAUCCUGAUGACUUGCGACAUUAUCACGCGGACCAAAAGGACUUUCCGAGUCGUGUGCUAGGCAUAUCGACGGGCUUCUGCAUCGAUUUCAUCCUGGCCGCUAUGCGUCCGCUCCCCGAAACGAGGUUGAACAUCCAGCAAAUCUUAAACCACGAGUGGCUUCAGAUGCGACAAACGCUCAACAAUUUGACGGCUUCGGGUCUACUCGGCAAGUCGCUUCCAACAUUGAGUACGGUGAAUAGACCAGCCACAGCAGCGCCUACCAGCACGGUAAACAAACCAACAGCAGCAGCACCCACCGGCAGUUCGCCCACACACAAUACACAAACCAACACCUCCCGAACAUACUGUACAACAUGCAACCUACCAAAACCAGCGGAUAAUCUGGUAGUGGAGGCGGCAGAUGAGAGGAUGGCGGGGCAGGAUACGGUGUCUGUGAACCAAGAGCAGCAAAGAGUGGUAGAGGAGGCAAAGCAGAGAGAACAACAGCCGCUGCCCGCUGAUUCGAUAAACAAGAAAGCGCCAGAGGGGCAAAACAAGCGACAAAUGGAGUUGUCAUUUUUCUGGAGCAAAAACGAGGAGGAGGAGUUGAGGAGACAGGAGGAGUUGAGGAGACAGGAGGAGUUGAGGAGACAGGAGGAGUUGAGGAGACAGGAGGAGUUGAGGAGACAGGAGGGGUUGAAGAGACAAGAGGAGCUAAGACAAAGACAGGUGAUAGUCAAGAGGGAGGAAGAGGCGGAAGAACUUGAGCGUGGGAGACAAGCCUUGAGUCGGCAAGAGCUCGAGCGGGAACGGCAGAAAAUAGAAGAUGAAGAACUGAAGCGGCAGCAAGAGCUGAGACGAAGACAGGAGAUCAUCGAGAGGGAGGAAGAGGUGGAAGAACUAGAGCGUGGAAGACGAGAAGCGUUAAAUCGGCUAGAGAUCGAACGGGAACAAAUGAGAAGGGAAGAGGAGGAAUUGAAACGGCAGGAAGAACUGAGACGAAGGCAGGAGAUAGUCAAGAGGGAGGAAGAGACCGAGGAAUUAGAACGACAAGCGUUAUAUCGCCAACCAGAGCACGAGCGGGAGCAAACGCAAAAGGAGCUCGUCCACGUAAGAGUGCAGCAAGGGCUUUUGCAGCAGCAACCUCAACAGCAGCAGCAGCAACAACAACAACGACAACAACAUCAGCGAACAAAACGUCAACUAAAACGGCAACGAGAACGUCAACGAAAACGGCAAAAAAUGCAGCAACAGGGAAGGGAAGACCAAGCGUUAGAAGAAUCGGAACCCGAAGAGGCAACGGAACAACAUCAAGAGCAUGAACAAGAACAAGAACAAGAGCAAGAGGACGAGGCGCAGAGGAUCGAACCCAUUAAGAAGGAUGUCGUCAUACAUAAAUGCUGGACGUGCCACUCGGUAUUCCAGACUCAUCAGGAGUUGUGGUCCCACAUACAUGCGUCUCUGCAUAGAUAUCCCACGUAUCUGGAGCAGCUUUACGGGUAUAGAUUUGUUUGGUAA